UGGCAUGGAACGCUGGUUGUGGUCCGACAAAAGAACUUUCCUGAACUCAAACGAAUAAGAGAACUGUGCCCCUUUGAUUGCGUCCGUUCCUUGUCACUAUCACAGGAUGAACAGCGCCUUCGCACACUUAAAACUGCAGUCUCAUGCAUCCAGGAUUUUCUUAGGAAAGCUCUUAAAGACAUUCCAGUCUGAUGCACAUUCUGUGUUCCAAACAGUAAGGGUAACAGUUCUCCAGUGAAUGCUGUGAUUGCGUGGAGAAAAAUGAACUAAAUCGCUGCGACACACACUCCUGUUUGCUUUGAGUGCACCGACACGUUGCUGGAGAUGGGAAUGCAAAGAAUCUUGAAACGGCUUCUUUCCUAGGCACGGGCGCACCACAUUACCGGGGGCACACGGAAUGCAAGAACUUGCAACAGAUAGAAUCUCAAAUACAAACGACCACAGUUCACACUCCGGCUCCCGAAACACUUUAGCAAUCAUUUGCAGGAUGAACAUCUCUGUGGUUUACCCCCUUGGUUUCGUUCUUCUGUUUACUUUAGGAAGCAUCGUAGGUGGAGUUAUGGGACACCGGCAGGUAUGGACAUUGCACUACACGAUACAGACUACCUUGUACUCUUUACUUCUGCGCAUUUUCAUUCCUGAUUGUCGUAGUACCAUUUACACCAUAAGUUCUCGUUUUACUCAGUUUCCGCGAAAAAAGAGAACUUAG